CCGACGGUCACAAUGUCCAGACUGUCUCGGUCACAGAUGUCCAUCCCCACCCUUGCCUCACUGGCCGCGUCAGCCUCGGCGCCUUCCACCUCCUCUACCCCAGACGACCCCGCCGCCACACAGGACAGGUCCAACGUCGUGCGCCGCGUCAUGGAGAAGACGGCAGAUAAACUGAGCAGAAGCAAGUCCCUGGAACGGAGAGGUCAGCAGGGCCCGAGUUCAAAGCAGCCGACCAGUCCACGCCGCGUCUUCUCCAUUACCCGCAAGGGCAAGGAGAAGCAGCAGCCGGGAGAUGAUGCUCGUCCCUCGUCCCUUUCGAAAUGCUCGACUCCAUCCACUCCUUCUGAGCCUGACGAGUCUCCGUUCAUCCGACCCCCUUCACCUACACAACCCCCGAGGAGACCUUCUCUUCAGCCAUUUACCGGUGAUGGAUCCAUGCGUGCCGGUACCCAAACGCUCAUCCAAGCGCUCCAAGCCAUUCCCUGGGAAGAAGACCAGGAUAAUGAAGACGACCCAUUGCCGAACAACCUAGACCCGGUAGACUCGGACAGCGACGAGGAUGAACGGCCAGGUCAGGCCAUGGCCUCGUCUAUACACGCUAUCCAUCGACCCGUCGUCAUGUCCCGCAGACAAGGUUCCCAACUCGGUCUCUAUUCCCCCAUCACCGCAGCCUCGACCAAAUUCAACCCCUCACUACCCAACGUCUCCACCUCCCCCGACACAAUCGGACGGUCCCCGUCUGACGAAGAAGAAGAAGAAGAGCUCGAGGAGGACUUCGAAGCGGCGCCUACCCCCGGACCAGGACACGCGAGUCCGCAGGGGAUGCAUCCGAUGGAGGACGCGAGGGCGCCUAUGAGCGCGCUUUUGGAGGACGAGAUCGGGGCGACGGCGGCGAGGAUGGCGAGUGAGAGGACGAAUAGUUUGGCGACGGUGGCGACGGUGAAGACGGUCAAGGUGAAUCGGAGGGCAAGAUUAGCGGCGAAGUUGGCGGAUGUGUUUGAGUUGAGUGGGAUUAAUGAGGUUAUUGCCGAGAUGCCGUGUUGGUUAUUGCGAUCGGUUUUGCUUCAGGGGUUUAUGUACCUCACCAACUCCUAUGUCUGCUUCUUCGCCCAUAUGCCUUCACGCGAGGAUCAAGUCCUCAAAUCCGGCUCGCUCUACAAGAAAGCCCAACGCACGAAACGCUGGAUCAAACACUGGUUCAUCCUCAAGAACGACGUCCUCUCAUGGUACCAGUCCUCCGCGGACCCGUACUUCCCGCACGGCGUCGUCGACCUCCGGUACGCGAUCGUUUGUGAGCCCGUGGGCGAGAAGGGGAUCAGAUUGAGGACGAACGCGAAGACGAUACAUUUGACGGCGGAUUCGGUGCCGAGUAGGGAGGAGUGGGUGAAGAGUAUUAGGAAGGUGAUUUUUAAGGCGCAGAAUAUGGGGGAUAGUGUCAAGAUAGCCAUUCCUUAUUCGACGAUCAUCGACGUCGACAAGUCCUCCGCUAUGGAUUUCAGCGAGACGAUAGAAAUCAAAGUGGUAGAAGGCCUGAGCGCGUCCGAGGAACUCUCCGUCGACUCUUAUUUCUUCGCGUAUUUUCACGACCUCCCCGCCGCGCUCGAACAGAUCAGGGACGCGAUCGCGAUGUAUUCGCUCAGGACGAGGAGGAGUGAGCUUGCUGGCGGAGAGGGCGAGGAGGGUGGGGGUGGGGAGAUGUUGAUUGAUACGACGAGUCCGAGGAGUCCGCCGCAGUCGAAUAGGAAUAGUAGGCUUGUGGAGGAGGCUGGGCAGGGGCAGAGCGGGCAGGGGCAAACAGGGGGAGCGGUGGCGUCGAAGACGAGCAGUCCGUUCAGGCUCGCUUCGUUCUUGAGACCGUUCCAGGAGCCUACAACAACAACAACAACAACGACACAGGUCCAAGUCCCGCCACAAACACCGCGUAGUACGAUCUCGGCACCCGCCACCGCCGUCACCCCCGACCUCGACACGAGCGAAGAAUUCACACAUGUGCGCAAACGGUCUUCGCAGUCGUUCAUCCCUAUCACUUCGUCACCCCCACCUUCUAGCGCUGGGGGCGAGUUUCCGUGGUCGACACCGCCGCUCAGCGGUUCGCCGGGUUCCGCAGCUAUGUUGCCGCAGAGUGCGUCGGAGACGGGGUUACAGCAGAGUGUGGGCAGUCUUACGCCGACGCCGUCUACCAUUGGAGUCGGUGGAGGGUUGGGUCUUACUAGUACUACCGGUUCCCCGACUCCUCCUCAUCUCCAUCCACAUGGACAUACGUAUCCGCCCGCGACGACUGCAGACGCAUUGAGCAUGCCACCCGUGGGCGGGAGCUUCAUGAGCACGAGUAGUAGUGGGAUCAGCAGUAACAAUGGGGGUGCGGCUGGUACGGCGGGGACGAGGCCUUCGGCGUUUGCGUGGGGCGUCGGGGUUCCUUCGUGGUUGAAGAUUCCGUCGAGGAAAUCGCUUGUGGGUCCGUUUGGAGUUGGAGGGGGGAGUGGCGGUGUGGGUGGUAGUGGCGGUGAGCAGGGGAAGGGGGAUAUGGAGGGUAAGGGCGUGUCGGAGGUUUAUACGUCUACUGGGUCGGCUGUUGGUGAUACGGGUGGUGGUGAUACAGGUAGUGGGAGUGGGCAGUUGGCUGGGAGUGUGGGAGGUGGAGGAGGAGGAGGAGAUAUGACGUUUAGUAUACUGGAGACGCCGGAUUGGGAGGUCGAGGCGGAGAUGGCGGGGAAGUUUAGGAAUGAUUUCGCGUUUGAUGAGAGGGAGAGGUUGUUGGGGUAUUUCCCGGGGUAUAUAUUCCGAUUACUUCCUGUCUAUGGGAGGCUGUAUAUCUCGUCGAAUUAUUUGUGUUUUAAGGCUACGGGGCCGUUGGCUACCAAGACGAGGCUUAUGCUGCCCAUACGCGACAUCCUCGCCACCGAAGUCUCGAAAGCCUUCCGUUUCGGUCAUUACGGUCUCGUCCUCAUCAUCAAAGGCCACGAGGAGCUCUUCUUCGAAUUCGGCCUGCAAGACCGCAGGGCUGCGUUCGUUCACCUCCUCAACCGCCAAAUGGAAGACGUCCGCGCUCGCAUCCUCUCCUCCGCCGCCACAUCCAACGCAGAAACCCCGACCACGGCCACUGGCACCGGCGCCCUCUCCAGCAGUCCGCUUAACAACAGUUUCAAUGGUACUGUCAAUGCUAGUCCCCGCUCGAAGCCCGACGCGCUCUUCCUCGAAGAAUUCGCACCGUUGCGGGAUUCGGAAGAGGCGACGGCGGCGGGGUCGGGGUCGGGGGCGGACCCGAGGCCGUCGAUGACGGAUUCGUUGCCGGCUGUGAUGUUCACGAGUACUAGCUCGACGUUCUUGACGUUCAAGCCGAAGGAGAGUUUAAGGUUUACGUUUUUGACGAUUGGGUCGAGGGGGGACGUGCAGCCGUAUAUUUCGUUGGCGAAGGGGUUGAUGAGGGAUGGACAUAGGGUGAAGAUCGCGACGCAUGGGGAGUUUCAGGGAUGGGUCGAGUCGUAUGGUAUUGAAUUUGGGUAUGUGGGUGGGGAUCCGGCGGAGUUGAUGCGGAUAUGUGUGGAGAAUGGGACGUUUACGGUUUCGUUCUUGAGGGAGGGUGUCGCUAAGUUCCGAGGCUGGAUCGAUGACUUGUUGAAGACGGCUUGGGACGCCUGCCAGGACUCGGACGUGCUCAUCGAAAGUCCGAGCGCGAUGGCGGGCUACCAUAUCGCCGAAGCAUUGAGGAUACCGUAUUUUAGAGCCUUUACUAUGACUUGGUCACGGACAAGAGCCUAUCCUCACGCCUUCGCCGUGCCAGAACGGAAGAUGGGCGGGAGCUACAACUACAUGACCUACGUUAUGUUCGAUCAAGUCUUCUGGAGAGGAACCGCUAGCCAGAUCAACCGUUGGCGACGAAAUAUCCUCGGCCUUCCUAGCACCUCUCUGGACAAGAUGGAACCCCACAAGAUCCCAUUCCUCUACAACUUCAGCCCGACCGUCGUUCCACCCCCUCUGGAUUGGCCAGAAUGGAUCCGCGUGACAGGGUAUUGGUUCCUUGAAGAUGCUAGUGCCAGCGCUUCCAAAUGGACACCACCACCCGACCUCGUCGAGUUCAUUGACAACGCCCACGCCUUAGGCAAGAAGGUCGUCUACAUCGGGUUCGGAUCCAUCGUCGUCUCCGAUCCCAAGGCUAUGACUCGCACCGUCAUCGAGGCCAUCGUCCAAUCUGGCGUUCAUGCUAUUUUGUCGAAAGGCUGGUCAGACAGGUUGACGAAGAAUGUGGCGGAGGUGGCGGAGCCUGAGGAACCUCUGCCGAAGCAGAUAUAUCCGUUGGCUUCCGUGCCGCACGAUUGGCUCUUCAAGAGGAUCGAUGCGGCUUGUCAUCAUGGUGGGGCUGGGACGACUGGGGCCAGUUUGCGUGCCGGAAUUCCGACUAUAAUCAAGCCUUUCUUUGGUGAUCAGUUUUUCUGGGCAGAUAGAGUGGAGGCAUUAGGGGUCGGAAGUGGCGUCCGGAAGUUGACUGUCGAAAGUCUGGCUGAGGCGCUUGGUACGGCUACUACUGAUGAGAGGCAAAUCACUCGGGCGAAGGUGAUUGGUGAAGCUAUUCGUUCUGAAAACGGCGUAGCUACGGCCAUCGAGGCGAUUUACCGUGAUCUUGAAUAUGCUCGCUCGCUCGUCAAGGGCGCAGUCUCCCCCGACGAUGUCAUCGUGGAAGGAACCAGCCCUAGUAGUGGCAGCCCCGGUGGUAGUGGUGGAGGCGAUACUGAAGACGAAUCUCCUGAUCACGACAAACUUUUGUCGUCACCGCCCAGCGGAUCUAUUGGAGGCGCACCUAGUGAGGAUUGGAGUGUGAUCUCGGACUUGGAGGAGCCUUCGCGUCUUUCUCUCAGUUCGACUUCCCGGCAGAGUGAAGGUAGAGAGAGGAGGAUAUCGUUCAAGAGGAGCGGUAUCACGGCGACUAUGCUCUCGGUGCUCCCUGGUGCGCUGACGACGCCAGCUGUCCAGUUGACGCAUCGGCGCUCGAGGUCGGAUGGAUCGUGUUCGGCGUCGACGAACGGUCGUCCGUCUUCGUCACAUUCAUGAUUAUGAUUUUAUGACUUUCUUUUUGUAGAGUUUUUUGGCUCCUGGGACCUACGUUUGUUCCUGAUUUUUACCUUGCUUGUCUGCUGUCUUGUAUGUAAUAUUAAGCUUACGAGGCCUGAUGCCACCCCACUCUACAUAUAAUCACUGCAGCAUACUGCAUGGUCUUGGAUAUACAUAGUACUUCUCGUUUCUCUGUACUCCGCAUAUAUUUGCGCUUUAGCAUGACUUCUCUUUUCCUACACGUUUGUAUUAUAUAGCCUGUGAUGCUCUUGCUCGCUACAUUACGACUCUCCUUCUCUGUCGUCGUCGUCGACAUCUGUAGAACUCUAAUGGUACUGCCCAUAUAUUUC